UCCCUCCCUCACGCCCCGCCGCCAUCUUGCCCGCGGAGCACCGGAGGGGCUGAGCUCCGCCGCCGCCUCUGCCUCUCCCCCUCCUUCCCCUCCGGCCGGGCCGCUUUCUCCCGGGGCCGGGGGGCCGGAGCCGGCAGGAGAAAUAUUGCUUUCAAAGAAUGACAACAGCUGCUCCAGCAAGUGGAUUUGCUGUGCAAGAGGUUAUUAUUUACAGCUGCCAGCUUUAUUGAAUUCUUCCUUACAUUUCAUCUUUAUUUUCUUCUAGAAGCGGCAAAACAACUUAGGGUUGAUGUUUUGUGUGCCAUCAACUGAAAUUGGGGCCAUCAUGAAUAUCACCAAGGGUGGGCUGGUGCUGUUCUCAGCUAAUUCCAAUUCCUCGUGCAUGGAACUGUCCAAGAGGAUUGCUGAGCGCUUGGGAGUCGAGAUGGGGAAGGUUCAGGUUUAUCAAGAGCCAAACAGAGAAACACGAGUGCAGAUUCAGGAAUCUGUGAGAGGAAAGGAUGUAUUUAUCAUCCAAACAGUUUCAAAGGAUGUGAAUACCACGAUCAUGGAGCUCCUGAUCAUGGUGUAUGCGUGUAAAACCUCCUGUGCCAAAAGCAUUAUCGGAGUGAUUCCUUACUUCCCCUACAGCAAACAGUGCAAGAUGAGGAAAAGGGGCUCCAUUGUCUCCAAACUCCUGGCCUCCAUGAUGUGCAAAGCUGGACUAACUCAUCUUAUUACCAUGGAUCUACAUCAGAAGGAAAUUCAAGGUUUCUUCAAUAUUCCUGUUGAUAACUUGAGAGCAUCCCCAUUUUUACUCCAGUACAUCCAAGAAGAGAUACCAGACUACAGGAAUGCUGUAAUUGUGGCCAAAUCUCCUGCGUCUGCAAAGAGGGCACAGUCGUUUGCUGAGCGCCUGCGGUUGGGAAUCGCCGUGAUCCACGGGGAAGCUCAGGAUGCUGAGUCUGACAUGGUGGACGGUCGGCACUCCCCUCCCACAGCCAAGUACGUCGCUGCUAUCCACCCCAGCCUGGAGAUCCCCAUGCUGAUUCCCAAGGAAAAACCACCCAUCACAGUUGUUGGAGAUGUAGGAGGAAGAAUAGCUAUCAUUGUGGAUGACAUCAUAGAUGACGUUGACAGCUUUCUGGCUGCAGCUGAGACCCUCAAGGAGAGAGGGGCCUACAAGAUCUUUGUCAUGGCCACCCAUGGGCUGCUGUCCUCGGACGCUCCCCGGCUGAUCGAGGAGUCCGCCAUCGAUGAGGUGGUUGUUACAAACACAAUUCCACAUGAAAUACAAAAACUUCAGUGCCCUAAAAUCAAGACUGUGGAUAUCAGCAUGAUCCUGUCAGAAGCCAUUCGCAGGAUCCAUAAUGGGGAGUCCAUGUCAUACCUUUUCAGGAAUAUAGGAGUGGAUGAUUAAAGCUCCUUCCUCUAAAGAAACACCCCGGGCCAAACUGGAAACGAACAGAGAACGAGCUGUGAAGCAUCUUCAAUUAAAUUCCUUAAUAUUUCCAUUGAGCCACUUCUUGUUUUCUCUUGGUUUAAGUAUCAAGGUAGAACAGUUUUUAAGUUUUUUUUUUUUUUUUUUCCUUUUCGGGGUUUUUUGGGGGGUGGUGUUGAUGGGGGGAAUAAACAUUUUACAAAAAACUGUUCUAGUUGCUUUUAGGUUAGUUGCACUAUACAGGAUGGAAAAAAUCCCACAAAACACUUGAGGCAAGAAUUUGGCUUCUAAAUUAAGCAUUCCUUUUCCAAAGCUGCUUGCUACAAGUGCUUUAAAUGGUAACAAAAUGAAGUGACUGUAUAAUAUUUGCAUUUUAAAGGCCAAAAAGGUUGUACUGUUGUAUGCAGUUCAGUGAUUUUGUAGGAGUGCUUUUAUAGAAAAGCAUAUGGAAUAUGCACCUGUAUUUAUUUUCUGCAACAAAGAAUAAAGACUUGUUUUGUGUGAGCUUUC